AUGAAGAUCCUCCUCCUCCUACUAUGCGUCAUAGCGCGUUCCGCGUAUGCCGCAGACUGGCGGCAGUCCGGCGACGCAACCGGCGAAGUUUUGGAGAAGAACGAUUUUCCGUGUUAUUCGUUGUCGAGGGAUAAUUACACGUGUUCCGCGUGUAUUCAAUUGCAUGAAUCGUGCGCGUGGUGCGGUGAACCGGUAAGUUUUGAGGGAGGGGCGCGGAAAAGAAUUUUAAAUUUUGGCGCCAAAAAAUCCACGUUUUCCCGCAAAAAUUAGACCAUUUUUUGGUGCAAAUAUUAUUAAAAAUGCAUUUUUCGAUAAUUUAUUUUAUUUUGAAUACGUAAACGUGACACAGUUCCUUCAAAAUCAUUUAAAAAAUGGGACUCCCAGCCCCAUUUCUGAAUUUUUGAGUUGCGGGAACUUCCUGCUUAUAAGCAGCCCGAAACCACCAAAUUUUGCAGUCUUUCGACCGUGAAAAACCCUACGCCCGCUGCGACAAUCGUCAAAAACUACUAGAUCACGGAUGUCCCGAAUACAAAAUCGAAGAUCCGAAAACACAGCUGACGGUGGUCGAGGAUAACAAAUUGUCGGAUCAGGGCGAGGUAGAGACGGAAGAUGAGGCCGUGCAAAUCAAACCGCAAGAAAUGGACGUGGAAAUUCGACCGAGUAAGUUUAAAAGACCUGAAAUUCAUCAAAAAUGAUGGAUUUUCGGCGAAAAUCCAUCAAAAUCCAUCAAUUUUCACCCGAAAACUCGAUUUCUACAGAAUCGCGCAUCCGAUUUAACGUAACUUACCGUCAAGCCGUCGAUUAUCCCGUCGAUUUGUAUUAUUUGAUGGAUUUGUCGUAUUCGAUGAAAGAUGACAAGCAAAAAUUGUCAGAAUUGGGAGAUUUGAUCGCUCAACGUAUGCGAACUAUGACCAAGAACUUUAGAUUGGGAUUCGGAAGUUUUAUCGACAAAAAAUUGAUGCCUUUUAUCGAUCCAAGACUUGAUAAGUACGUUUUUAGGGGGUGAAAACAAAAAAAAAUUUUGUUUUGUGUUUUAAAAAUAAAAAAAACGCGCGUGCAAAUCGCUGCGAGACCCACACACAAACCAUUGUGUGCCUUUGACAAUACCGUAAUAAUUUUUUCAAAUUUUUUUUUUCAGACAAAAAUCACCGUGUCCAACACCUUGCGCCGAACCCUAUGGCUUCAAACAUCAAAUGUCGCUCACCACGAACACCGAGAAAUUCAAGGCUGAAGUUGACAAGGCCGAGAUUUCGGGUAACUUGGAUGCACCAGAAGGUGGAUUUGAUGCUGUGGUGCAGGCUUUGGCGUGUAAUGUGAGUUGGGCCCGCGGGGGGACGAGGAAUUUUUCGCGCGAAAGUUAGGCCAAGCCAGAAAUAUUCAGUUUAACGAGAAACCAAGCGAGGGACUAGAAAUUUCGCUUUAAAACCUAGUCCACUUCAACAAAUACGCUCUAUUGCUAAUUUUAACGAAAAUCUCAAAUUUUUGUAUAAAAAACGUCAGUUUCCAUUUAAAAAUUUGAUUUUUCAAAUCUGCAAGUGCACCCAAAUGCGAAUUUUGGUGAAAAACGCACCAUGGACUAGAAUUCUCUCUACAAAAAGCUAGGCCAAGCGAAAAAACACGCUCUAUUGCUAAUUCUAGCGAAAACGAAGAAUUUUCAAAUAUUUUUCCUCAUUUUUCACCAAAAUUUGAUUUUACGAAGCUGCAAGUGUGCUCCAAUGCGAAUUUUGAUCAUAAAAUGAAGAGGGACUAGAAAAUUUGCUUUGGUAACUUAGGCCAAGCACGCAAGUGCGCUCCAAUGCGAAUUCUUGCGAAAAAGAAGAAUUUUCAAAUAUUUUUCCUCAUUUUUCACCGAAAAUUUGAUGUUUCGAAGCUGCAAACGCGCUCUAAUGCGAAUUUUGAUCAUAAAAUGAAGGAGGACUAGAAAAUUUGCUUUGGUAACUUAGGCCAAGCACGCAAGUGCGCUUCAAUGCGAAUUCUUGCGAAAAACACUGUGUUUUUUUCUAAUAGAAAAAUGCAAUUUCGAGGAGACGCAGACACUCGCUGGUCUCGACACGCUGUGUGUCUGCCACACACUAUUUCUCUCCCUUUUUCGACGAGAGAUUUGUCUGCACACGUUAAAGUCUGCGUCUCCCUCGAAUUGCAAAAAAAAAUACAGUGAAAAGAAGAAUUUUCAAAUAUUUUUCCUCAUUUUUCACUGAAAAUUUGAUUUUAAGAAGCUGCAAGUGUGCUCCAAUGCGAAUUUUGAUCAUAAAAUGAAGGGAGACUAGAAAAUUUGCUUUGGUAACUUAGGCCAAGCACGCAAGUGCGCUCCAAUGCGAAUUCUUGCGAAAAAGAAGAAUUUUCAAAUAUUUUUCCUCAUUUUUCACCGAAAAUUUGAUGUUUCCAAGUUGCAAACGCGCUCUAAUGCAAAUUUUUAUGACAAAUUCGAAUUUUUGAAUCAAAAACGUCAUUUUCCACCAAAAUUUUUGCAGCAAACAAUUGGAUGGCGUGAACGAGCCCGUAAAAUGUUGGUCUUCUCCACCGAUGCCGGUUUCCAUUUCGCCGGCGACGGCAGAUUGGCCGGUGUUGUCGAACCCAACGAUGGAAGUUGUCAUUUGGACAGACACGGAUAUUAUACGGAAACAUUGAAUCAGGAUUAUCCCUCAAUUGCAUUGUUGCAUCAAAUGAUCAAAGAUCGCAAGGCUAAUGUGAUUUUUGCGGUCACACAGAAUAAUGAGAUGCUUUAUCAACAAUUGAAGGUGAGAUUUGGAGCAUUUUCAGCCAAAAUUCAUGAAUUUUGAUAGAAAAUGGCCUAGAAAACCAAAUUUAGCUUAUAUUGACCGUCCAUUGACCCAAAAAGCCUACCCGGCCUAAGAAAGCCCCCUAAAAGCCCCAUUUUUCUUCCAGGAAGCCCUUCCCGAUGUCUCAGCGACCGUUGGUGUUUUGGCCAACGAUUCAAGCAAUGUCGUCAAAUUGAUCACCGAUAACUAUGAGAAAAUCAGCGAGAAAAUCAUUAUGACCGAUAAUGCCAACGCAACUGAUGGACUCAAAAUCACCUAUAGAUCACGGUGUUUGACGUAGGUUUUUGCGCUGAAAAAUGGUGCAUUUUGGUGAAAAAAUCGUUGGAAAUGAUGAAUUUUGAGCCUAGAUUCGUGUUUUUAUCAUUGGAGCGCAUUUACCUCUCCGAAUUCAAAUUUUUCAUUGAUUUUUGAUCAAAUUCUAUGUUUUUGGGGUCAAGAAUAAUGAAAAUUUGAUUUUUUUCAUAGAAAAAGCAAUUUUUGGCCAAAUUACUUGAUCUUUCGCUCAAAAUUCACCAUUUUUCACCAAAAAUCCCAAAUUUCCACCCAAAAAAUCAUUUUUUCCAGCGGAACAACCCUAAAAGACACAAAUGUGUGCGAAGGAAUCAAAGUGGGCGAUGAAGUUCAAUUCGAAGUCACUCUCGAAAACACCCAUUGUGUUGAUAAACGCGAUUUUGUGCUCAGAAUUGGACCUUCCGGUUUGGACGAAGCACUUCAUGUGAAUGUUAAAGUGUUGUGUGAUUGUGAUUGUGAGAAGGAGGUUGGUGAUUUGGGAUUUUUUGAGUCUAGACAGGGUUUUUGGUGAAAAAAUGGGGUUUUUUGGGUAAUUUUGAGGCUAUAUAUGAUUUCUGUGCAUUUUUGCGUAGAUUUCAAUGUUUUGUAUGGGAAAAUGAGGUUUUUGUGCAUUUUUACACACGAAAAUUCAAAUUUUUCCGCGCAAAAACCAAAAAAUUUUAAAUUGGGACAAGCAAAUACGCUCCAAUGAGAAAAUAUCGAAUUUUGGCUUGAAAUGCACCAUUUUCACCCAAAAACCAUUGAAAAAUCGAUUUUUUGUUUGAAUUCAGAGAAGCAAAUGCGCUCUAAUGAGAAAAAAUCGAUUUUUAAUGAUUUUCAACCCAAAAAACCAUUGAAAAACCGAUUUUUUUGAAUUCGGAGAGGCAAAUGCGCUCUAAUGAGAAAAUAUCGAUUUUUGGCUUGAAAUUCACCAUUUUCACCCAAAAACCAUUGAAAAAUCAAUAAUAGGAGAAGCAAAUGCGCUCUAAUGAGAAAAUAUCGAUUUUUCAUAAUUUUUGACCCAAAAACCAUGGAAAAAAUUGAUUUUUAUUAAAUUAGGACGAGCAAAUGCGCUCUAAUGCAAAAUUAUCAUAUCUUGGCUCGAAAUGCUCCAUUUCUUAUGAUUUUUCCACUAAAAUCCACCAUUUUUCAUUUUCUAGGAACUAAUCGUCCGAAACGCGGCCGAAUGCAACAACGGCGAUCAAGUUUGUGGAGUUUGUCGGUGCAAAAAUGGAAAUGUGGGAAAAUAUUGCGAAUGUAAUCGACCCGGAAUGAGCACGGCUGCUCUCAAUGAAAAAUGCAAGCGGACCAACGAGUCGGCGAUUUGUGAGGGACGAGGAGUUUGUAAUUGUGGACGGUGUCAGUGUAAUCCGAGAAAUGUGAGUGAAACUACGAUGAUACGCGUUUACGCGGCGAAAAUAUGAGCGUUUUCUGGGAGGUUUGAAGUCUCGAACGACGCUCCGCGUUUACGGGGUGAACAUUGACCCCGUAAACGCGGAGCAUCGUUACAAAACCUAAUUUUGAUCAUUUUCAACCUAAAAACCACUAAAAUUAAUGAAAUUUCACCGCGUAAACGCGGAGCAUCGUUGCAAAACCUAAUUUUUUUGAUUCUUUACCUUUUUCACCUCAAAAAAAAAAAAAAAAAAAAAAAAAAAACCGCUGAAAUCCAUCAAAUUUUGAGCCCGUAAACGCGGAGCAUCGUUUGAAAAUUCCGAUUUUAAUGGUUUUUUAUCUUUUUCACCCCAAAAAACACCAAAAUUAAUGAAAUUUCACCCCGUAAACGCGGAACAUCGUUGCAAAACCUAAUUUUGAUAAUUUUCAACGUGAAACCCACCAAAAUUGAUGAAAUUUCACCCCGUAAACGCGGAGCAUCGUUGGAAAAACCUAAUUUUCACCAUAUCUAGCCUAAAAACCAUCAAAAUUAAUGAAAUUUUACCCCUUUAACGCGGAACAUCGUUGCAAAACCUAAUUUUGAUCAUUUUCAACCUAAAACCCACCGAAAUUAAUGAGAUUUCACCCCGUAAACGCGGAGCAUCGUAGUAAACCCUAUUUUUGACCAUAUCUAGCCUAAAAACCAUCAAAAUUGAUGGAAUUUCGCCCCGUAAACGCGGAGCAUCGUUGCAAAACCCGAAUAUUUGCAGAACCCCGAAGAGCUAAUCUCUGGCGAAUUCUGCGAAUGCGACAACUUCAAUUGCCCCAGACACGAUCGUAAAAUCUGUGCGGAUCACGGUGAAUGCAAUUGCGGAAAAUGCAUUUGUAAACCCGGAUUCACCGGAAGAGCGUGCGAAUGUCCGAUUUCCACCGAUUCUUGCCUUUCGGCCAACGGAAAAAUCUGUAAUGGAAAAGGCGAAUGUGUGUGUGGAAGAUGUCGAUGUUUCGAUGGACCCGAUGGAAAUCGAUAUUCGGGAGCCAAGUGUGAACUGUGUCCGGUGAGUUUUUGAGCGAAAUUUUUAGCUAAAAAUCGUGAAAAUUGGUCAAAAAUGACCUAGAAACCAUUUUGGUGGCCUAGAAAUCCAAAUUCUUGUUUCUGGUGGCCUAGAAAUCCAAAUUCGUGAUAUUUUUGCAGUUUUGUACUGAAAAUCAUGAAAUAUGGCCUAUAAUCCGAUUUGGUGGCCUAGAAAUCCAAAUUCUUAUUUCGGGUGGCCUAGAAAUCCGCAAAAUUCGAAAUUUUGCAGUUUUUCACCAAAAAAACAUGAAAUCUGGCAAUUUUGAGCGGAAAAUCAUGAAAUAUGGCCUAGAAUCCGUUUCGGUGGCCUAGAAAUCCAAAUUCUUGUUUCUGGUGGCCUAGAAAUUCAAAUUCAUGAAAUUUUCGCAAAUUUGUACCGAAAAAACAUGAAAUAUGGCCUAGAAUCCGUUUUAGUGGCCUAGAAAUCCAAAUUCUUGUUUCUGAUGGCCUAGAAAUCCAAAUUCAUCAAAUUUUUGAAGUUUUGUACCGGAAAAACAUGAAAUCUGGCAAUUUUGAGCUGAAAAUCAAGAAAUAUGGCCUAGAAUCCGUUUUUGGUGGCCUAGAAAUCCAAAUUCUUGUUUCUGGUGGCCUAGAAAUCCAAAAAUUCGAAAUUUUUGCAGUUUUGUACCGAAAAAACAUGAAGUAUGGCCUAGAAUCCAUUUUGGUGGCCUAGAAAACCAAUUUAUUCCUCUUCCAGACUUGCCCCACAAAAUGCAUCGAAUACAAACCGUGUGUAAUGUGUCAACAAUGGAAAACUGGACCCUACAAUGAAACGCGAUGCGAUCAAUGUCCAUUUACAGUAAUUCCAGUCGAUGAAUUGCCAGGUACGGUGUUUUUGGAGCAAAUUUGGGUCAAAAUUGCUCAAAAAUCACGGUUUUUCCAUCAUUUUUCCUGCAAAAAAUGCUGAAAAUCCAAAAAAAAAAUUGAAUUUCAGUUUUGAACGACACAACACCUUGCCAAUUCGUUGAUCCCUACGAUGAUUGCACAUUUUAUUAUUUGUAUGCCUAUGAUGAAACUAUGGAUAGUGCCAAAGUUUGGGUGAAAAAACAUAAAGGUUGGUGAAUUUUCAGGAUUUUUCAUGAUAAAAUUCGAAAUUCUCGCGAAAAAUGAGCCUAAAUCGUGGUUUUAACGUGAAAAAUUGGGAUUUUUGCAUUGGAGCGCACUUUCGUCUCCGAAUUUGAAAAAAAUCUCGAAUUUUCUCGUAAAAUGAUGCAAUUCAGGUGAAAAUUGAUCGUUUUUGACCAAAAAUACUUGAAAAAAUCGAUAAUUCAUCACUAGAGCGCAAUUGCUUGUCCGAAUUUGAAAAAUUAUCUAUUUUUGAUGGUUUUUGGGCUAGAAACUGUGUUUUUCGAGCUGAAAUUCGUUAAUUUUUGAAAAAAUCUCGAAUUUUCUUGUAAAAUGAUGUAAUUUAGGUGGAAAUUGAUUGUUUUUGACCAGAAAAACGUGAAAAAUCGAUAUUUUUGCUUUGGAGCGCACUUUCUUGUCCACAUUCAAAAAUAUUUCGAAGUUUGCUUCAAAAUACUCGAAAAUUGACCAUUUUACACCCAAAAAACACGAAAAUUCGUUAAUUUAUCAAUAGAGCGCACUUGCUUGUCCGAAUUUGAAAAAAAAAUUAUUUUCUUACAGACUGUCCACCACCAGUUCCAGUUUUGGCGAUUGUUUUGGGUGUAAUUGCCGGAAUCGUAAUUCUUGGCAUCAUUUUGUUGUUGCUCUGGAAAUUGAUUGCUGUUUUACACGAUCGCGCGGAAUAUGCCAAUUUUAUGAAAGACAAAUUGAUUGCCAAUUGGGAAACAGUAAUUUUUGGCGGGAAAAAUGGCCCCGGAAAGCCCGAAAAAUGGCCUGAAAACAGCCCGAAAAGCCUAUUUUCACCGCAAAAUCGCCAAUAUUUUUUUUUGCAGAACGAAAAUCCGAUUUACAAACAAGCCACAACAACAGUCAGAAAUCCAAUGUAUGCUGGAAACUCGAAAAAAGGCCUAUAA